GAGGCGGCGGCACACGAGCCUGGCCGGGUCAGGUGUGUAAGUGGCAAUCCCUUGCCGCGCCAGCAGUCUCCGCGCCCAGCCAAAGCCAGGUGCGCUAGCCGCAACUCCGCCGCCGGUUUCGCGGUUUCGCCCGGGCGCGGCCCCCUUCCCGUGCCCUGCUCACGCCCUCAUCCAAUCGCUCACCAUAAGUAGCCUGCUCUGCUCACCUGGCGCGGCUCUCACAUAGACUAACACAAGUGUCCAGUGCAACCGAUCUCGUUUCGACUCGAUCGAUCGAUAGCCCUGUUCGGUUCUUUCGCGUACAUGGCGGAGGCCAAGACUGCUCAGCCUGCUCAUCCUGCGCCGCCGCCACCGCCGGCGGCGGCAGUGGAUGGUUCGGUGGAGCACCAGAAGCAGCAGCAGCAGCAGAGGAAGACGGUGGUGGUGGUCGGUGUGGACGACAGCGAGCACAGCUACUACGCGCUCGAGUGGACGGUGCGCCACGUGGCGGGCGGCGUGGCGGGCGGCGCCGAGCUCGUCAUCGUCCACGCCAAGCCGUCGGCGUCCUCCGUCGUCAGCUUCGGCGGACCAGGAGCCGGCGAGGCGAUGAGGUGCGUGGAGGCCGACCUGCGCAAGAUGGCCGAGGCCGUCGUCGGCAGGGCGCGCCAAGUCUGCAUCGCCAACUCGGUGCACGCUCUGAUCGAGGUGGUCGAAGGGGAGCCCAGGUACGUGCUCUGCAACGCGGCCGAGAAGCACCACGCCGAUCUGCUCGUCGUCGGCAGCCAUGGCUACGGCGCCAUCAAGAGGGCUUUCCUGGGGAGCGUGAGCGACUACUGCGCGCACCACACGCACUGCACCGUCAUGAUAGUGAAGCGCCCCAAGUCCAAAUGCUGAGCAUGUACUACCGUGUUGGUCAGGUGCAUAGUGUUGUGCUCCAUGACAGUGAACUAGUGAACCAACCUGUGUCCAAAUGCUGAGCAUGUAUAGUAUAGCAGCCUCUUAAGCUGUGUUCCGUGAUAUCUAGGUAGAUCAACUUUUAUCUCAAACAAUAUUUGUGCCUGGCAUCACAAGUUGCUUCUGCGCUUUUUUCUAUGCUUAGCAUUUCUA